AUGCGGCAUCCCCUCCUCGACCCACCUCGCGGUGAAGCAUCUCCUCCUAGCACGGCAGCACCCCAGAGCCCUAGCACAACCCUCGGGCUCCAGAUCCCUGCUCUGGCCAUGUCCGGCCGGAGACAGGCGUGGCAGUUUGCGGCCGCGCUGGUCUUCUUCCACGGCUUCGAGUACGUCCUCGCUGCCGCUUUCCACGGCCGCCAGAACGUCACCGCUACUUCACUUCUUAUUAGCAAGCAGUAUGUAUUGGCAAUGGGUUUUGCAAUGCUGGAACACCUGACAGAAAUUCUUAUUUUCCCGGAAGUAAAGGAGUACUGGUUUGUCAGUAAUACUGGCCUUCUAAUGGUUAUUGUCGGUGAAAUUAUCCGUAAACUUGCUGUAGUGACAGCUGGACGUGCCUUCACGCACGUUAUAAGAACUUAUUAUGAAGAUCAGCAUCAGUUGAUCACCCAUGGACUGUAUAGGUUUAUGCGCCAUCCUGGGUAUUCUGGCUUUCUUUAUAUGGGCAGUAGGAACCCAGGUUAUGCUGUGUAA